AUGGCUUUAAUAUAUGCGCCCUUAUUUUUGUAUUUGGCGUUGUUGCUGUUUUAUAUCUACACAAUGCAAUAUUUUAUGGAAUUGGAUAUACAUUUAAAUAUAAUCGAUGAUCCCGAGCUCCGUUUUUUAAAAACAUAUAAUUUGUGUUAUUUCACUAUUUGGAAUUUUAUUUUCCAAAUUAUAUUUAUAUUACUUGUACUAUUGGACGAGUCCUUAAAGAUAUUUUGUAACCGGAAAAACUUCAGCACUGUGUUAGGAAAAGUCAGAGCUCUCUUUUUCCAUUCCGCUAUUUUGCCAUCAUCAGUAAUGGUUGCUUGCUUUUUUUGGAUAUUAUGGAAUAUUAACGAAGAUUUAAUGAUGCCGAGGAGCGUUUCCAAGAUUUUUCCAUUGUGGUUGAAUCACGUCUUACACAGUUCUGUUAUUAUUGCUGUGGUUAUAGAGUUAAUAUUACCGAAACGUGAUAAUUUUGUAGAAUUUAAGAGCACGGUACCUAUUGUUCUAAUUAUUUUCUUCUCCUAUAAUAUUGUACUGUACUCAAUAUAUUUUCUCGAAGGAGUAUGGUUGUACCCGAUCUACAGGAUACUGAGUUGGCCGUUAAAAAUAUCUUUUUCUCUUCUACAAUUUGUUGCUGGUUUAAGUUUAACGAAAGUUGGAAUAAAUGUACAAAAUUUAAAAAGACCAAAGCUGUUAAAAUUUGAGUAA